AUGUCGGAAAGAAAUGAUGAUGAUCCGGUGCAGACAAGCACCGAACAAAUGAAGGAGAUAAUGGCCGAAGAAGUGGGGAAGGCAAUUGAAGGUAGUCUAUCCGGGUUCAUAGACAAAAUUCAAAACACGGUGUUGUCACUUGUUGAAGAGCGAGUUAAAAGGUUGGAAGAUAGUGUCAACCUUAUAAAAGAAAAAUCGGGAGAAUGCAAAGGGUGUUCGUACAAAGAAUUUAUGGCAUGUAAACCGCCAAUCUACAACAGGGAGGUUGACCCGAUAAUAUGCCAAAGAUGGAUAAGUGAUGUUGAAGGGGUGUUUGAGCGGACCCAUUGUGACGUAGGUGACUUUGUUGCUUACGGGAUGGGUCAAUUGAGGGGUCAAGCCAAGGAUUGGUGGGACAAUAAGAAGAAAGAAAUAGGAGCCGAAGCGGCGAGGGUUAUGACUUGGGAUGAGUUUAAGGUGCCAUUCCUUAAACACCAUAGUCCCAAAGCAGUUAUCAACAGGAUCAAAGAGGAAUUUAUCCAAUUAAGACAAAAGGGAGAAUCAAUUGAUAAAAUCACGGGUAUCUUCAUGGAUAAGCUGAGAUUCUGUGACGAGUUAGUCACCACUGAAGAGCAGAACAUAUACUACUAUUACAACAUGCUGAGUGCUGAAUACCGGGAGUUUAUGACUCCCUCAAAUUAUGAAACUCUCACUGAAAUCAUCAACACCGCCCGGGAGCGGGAAAUCGAGCUAAAGAAGCAAGUUGAAAGGGGUGAGCGAAGGGCACAUGAUGUGAAUCCAAGCCCUACAAAGAAAGCUAGAACUACUGAAGAAGGGAAGAAAGUGGAGGCUAAAGGCGGGUCGCCAAGUUGCAAGGUUUGUGGAAAGGGGCACAAAGGUGAGUGCAGCUUUAAAGACAAACCGUGUCCGAUAUGUGGGAAGACGGGGCACACUGCAUCGCUAUGCCCCGGAAAGGUUUCCGUUUGUUACAAAUGUUAUCAACCCGACCAUAAAAAGUCUGAAUGCCCCGAAUUGGUUGGGAAGAGAGACACAAAAGAGUCUUCAACGGAAACUCCAAAGGCAAAGGCUAGGUCCUUCCAACUUACUGCGGCUGAAACAAAGACAGAACCCAAUGUGGUCUCAGGUAUAUUCUCGAUUAACUCAAUUCCUGCACGUGUAUUGUUUGAUACGGGUGCGAAUAAGUCCUUCAUUUCGCAUGGAUUUAUUUGA